CUGACGCGUUUCGUUUGUCUCGAUCGUGCGCGUCUUUCUUACAUUGACUUCUUUCAAACUCUGGCGAAAAUAAGUUUUGUUAGUUUCAAAGUUUAUAAAUACUUAUUAAUCAGUUACUUUAUACUUUACUAUGGAACUGGUACAAACUACACUUCGGAUUUAUUGUUUGAGUGGCGCCUAGGAGCAGUUCUAUGCAAUUAUGACUAGUGUACAAAGUUGAGUGAACUUGUGAGUAAUACAGUGUCCAUUAUGUUUAGAGCUGGGUUAAGUUAAAUCCUACAGGUGUGCUGUAAGCAUUGUUGUGGUACUCUAAUCCUAGCAACCACUCCAUGAUGAAGUUAUGUUGCGUUAAGUUUAAUUAUCGGUGUCUGAGGAAGUGUAACCAGAAAACAAGUAAACUUGAUAUAUAGUAUAACUGAUAAACUUGUAGAAAAAGUGGUGUUUCGCUGACGAAAAAGAAACUGGACAUUCUACAUGUGAUGGAAGAACUAGAACGGUUAUUCAAAAUGAUUUCGUCGAAACUUUGGGGCGCCUUUGUGUUAUGCUUCAUCUCCAUUCAAUUGGCGUCUACAGCUGACAGUACAGUACAAAUGCAGCCACCAAGGUUUAGCAUGCAGCCAUCAUCCUCAAAUAGCAUAGUCAGAGAAGGCACCACUAAAAUAUUGCAGUGUUCAGCACACGGGAUUCCUCAACCAGUAUAUAGAUGGCUGAAGAACGGCAUACCAUUAGGAGAAUACUCGUCAGAGCUAUUUUACAAGAUCCUCAAUACCCAAAGAGAUGAUGCAGGAGCAUAUCAGUGUAUCGCCAAAAACGACGUCGGUGCCAUAUUCAGCGAAAAAAACAAUAUCGUCGUUGCAUAUAUGGGCGUAUUCGGGAACAUAGAACAAGAUGUAGUUGUUGUUGAAUCCGGUAGAGCUGCAAUUCUUGAUUUUCCGUAUAUUGAAUCUGAACCACCUCCUUCAGUGGUAUGGCAAGAUCAAAAUGGAGCACUUCGUUACGAUCAAAAAUAUGCAUUUACACCACAACAUCAACUCGUCAUUCUGUCAGCUUCUAGUGAAGACGAAAGGCCAUACAGAGUUCGAGCGAUAAACACGCAACUAGGAAAAGUGGAAAACAGCCCUUAUAUAAAAUUGACCGUAUAUGGUGACGACGACAAAGAAAUACCGCCAGAAAUCAUCAUUAAACCACAAGAUACCAAAAUCACAAAAGGCCAAGAUAUUGUAAACUUAUAUUGCAUAGCUAAUGCCAGGCCUCUGCACGAAUUAGAAACGCUUUGGUUUAAAGAUGGCAUUUUAAUAGAUCUGGCUGGCGUCACUUACGAUUUACAAGACCAAUGGAACAGAACCUUGAGCUUAAUUUCAGCUAAUUUAAGUCAUACAGGGCAAUAUACAUGCCAAGCGAGAUUAAAAACGGGAGGUUUUGCAACCGUCACGGCUUCCGCCGCCGUCACCGUAAUUGAGAAGCCGGUGUUUACAACCACUUUAAAAUCAGAAACUUUUGGUGAAUUUGGUAGCACAAUAGUAUUAGAAUGCAACGUGCAAGGAAUUCCGUUACCGAGCAUUACCUGGUACAAAGAUUCGAGAAAAAUUUGGAGCGUCGGCGCAGAAACCGAAGAAACUGACAACUCUGAUGUGGACGAUGGGGGAAGACGCUACCGUGUCGAGGUUGACCGAUCCCUCGUCAUCAGCGACCUCAAAAUGGACGAUAUGGGUAUCUUCCAGUGUAUCGCCAGCAAUGAAGCUGGCGAGUCAUCCAUUUAUACAUGGUUAAAAAUCAAAACGUCCCCGCCAGUAAUGCAGAGCCCGCCAGCCAACCUUACCGUACUGGACGGCAAAGACGCCACCAUCGCGUGCCGGGCCAUAGGCGCGCCUACUCCCAACGUUACUUGGUACUUCAAUGACUCCCUGAUUAUAAAUCUGUCCGCGAGAUUGCAAGCGUUAGAGCACGGAGACCUGCUCAUCACCAGCACCACCACAGCCGACACCGGCAAGUACACCUGCGUGCGCGCCAACGACGCGGGCAGCGUCUCCGGGGAAGCCUACUUGACUGUACUAGUGAGAACGCAGAUCAUUGCACCCCCUGUGGACACGCGCGUUUUGCUCGGUCACACGGCUACUUUACAGUGCAAGGUUUCAAAUGACCCCAACGUGAAAUACAAUAUCGACUGGUUCCAUAAUAAUCAGCCUAUGACAGCCGGUUCCCGGGUGUGGGUCGCGGCAGAUGGCUCUCUGCAAGUGCAAGCCGUGCGCGCCAGUGACGCGGGCGAGUACUCGUGCGUCGUGACGUCACCCGGCGGGAACCACACGCGGAAAGCCGUGCUGUCCGUUAUUGAACUACCCUUCGCCCCUACUAAUGUCAGGGCCGUCAGACUAGAUGCAACGGCGCAAAGAGCUAUUAAUGUUUCGUGGACACCGGGCUUUGAUGGGAAUUCGCCGAUACAGAAGUUCAUUGUGCAGAGGCGUGUUGUGCCGGAAUUUGGUCCUACACCAGAUCCUCUGUUAAACUGGGUAACAGAACCGACAAACGUGUCUGCGAAUCAACGAUGGGUUCUCCUUACUAGCUUGAAAGCAGCUACUUCUUACCAAUUCAGAGUUUCAGCCGUCAAUACUGUGGGGGAAGGCCCCGCCUCCGACCCCACUGAUGUUUUAACAUUACCACAAGAAGCUCCCUCCGGUCCUCCUAUUGGUUUCAUGGGCUCCGCUCGUUCAUCUUCUGAAAUCAUUACUCAGUGGCAACCGCCUCUAGAAGAACAUCGCAAUGGCCAUAUCCUUGGCUAUGUCAUCCGCUACAGAUUGCGCGGCUACGACAACAGCCCCUGGACUAACCAAAACAUCACCAACGAAGCCCAAAGGAACUAUCUCAUCCAAGACUUGAUCACCUGGAAAGAUUACAACGUUCAAAUAGCGGCUUACAAUGAUAAAGGUGUAGGCGUGUUCACUGAUAGUUACACUAUCAAAACAAAGGAAGGUGUGCCAGAAGCUGCUCCUGACAGUGUUCGGUGUGAAGCUUACAACUCUACCUCCAUCGCUGUUUGGUGGACGCCGCCGAAUCCUCAAAAGAUUAAUGGAAUCAACCAGGGCUACAAAAUCCAAGCUUGGCGAUGGGAUGAACUAGAAGCAGAUAAUACUGAACAGAAACUCGUCAGUGUUCCACCAAAUCUUUUGGAUCCGCUGACCGAACAAACCGCUAUCAUUAGCGGACUUGAAAAAUUCACCGACUACAAUAUAUCAGUAUUAUGUUUCACUGAACCAGGGGAUGGACCCCGCAGCGAGUUUGUUCUGGUCAGAACCAAUGAGGACAUUCCUGAUGAAGUAUCAAACCUACAAUUUGAUGAUAUCUCCGACCGCGCCGUACGCGUCUCGUGGGCUCCUCCGAAGAAGUCCAAUGGGAUUCUUAUAGGAUACAAGCUCUCUUACCAAGUGAAAGAUGAGCUACAAACCUCUAUAAAUGAAACGCUGCCGCCCAACGUAACCAGCAUACGAGUAGAACAUUUACAGGCAAGCACACACUACAAAUUCUGGCUGUCCGCGUUGACGGGCGUCGGCGAAGGGCCAGCGCGCUCGGCGGUCAUACAGUCAGGGGUCGAGCCCGUGCUGCCGGACGCGCCGCGCAACCUGGCGCUCUCCAACAUAGGCGCUUUCUCCGUUCUGCUGCAGUUCACACCCGGCUUCGACGGCAACUCUUCUAUCUCGCUCUGGACCGUACAGGCACAAACGGCGCGUAACUCAUCCUGGAUAACAGUAUUCGAAGCUAACGCGCCAGACGCGCAGUCCAUACUCGUGACCGGCUUAGUGCCGUUCACCACGUACCGGCUACGCGUAAUAGCUACCAACGUCGUAGGGACUUCGCCGCCCUCAGAACCGUGCAAAGAGUUCCAGACUAUCCAGGCUCCACCGCAGCACCCGCCCAGAAAUGUCACUGUACGGGCAGUUAGCGCUAAUAAUCUCCGCGUCAGAUGGAUCCCGCUGCAGCAAAGUGAAUGGUACGGCAACCCAAAAGGCUACAAUAUCACAUACAAGCGAAGCGGCACUAACGAGACAUUGUUCAACAUCAUCGAGGACCACACGGCGAACUCGCACAUACUGUCCAACCUCGAGGAGUGGUCCGUGUACGAGAUACAGAUGACGGCCAUCAACGAGGUCGGCAUUUCUACUGAGAGCCCGACGGCCACGGAAAGGACUAGAGAAGCUGUACCGACUUCUGGACCUGACAAUGUAUCUGCUAACGCAACAUCAUCUACAACAGUAGUUGUUCUAUGGGGCGACAUCCCAGCUAAAGAUCAAAACGGCCUGAUCGAAGGAUACAAAGUUUGUUAUGCCGCCAUAGUGCCACCUCCUAGGCCGGACCAUCAAAAAGUGGAAUGUCAAUCCAUACCCUCCAACCAGACGCACACUAUCACACUAACGGAACUGCGUAAAUAUGUUGUGUAUCAGAUACAAGUACUGGGGUACACUAGGUUAGGAGAUGGAGCUCUGAGCGAUCCCCCUGUUACGGUGCGGACGUUCGAUGACACUCCUGGCCCACCAUCCAACGUGUCUUUCCCUGACGUCACAUUCACAACGGCUCGUAUCAUUUGGGACGUUCCGGAAGACCCCAACGGAGAAAUAUUGGCGUACAGAGUUUCGUACCACCUCAACGGCUCCACGCAACAACAGUAUUCAAGGGAGUUCCUACCAUCCGACAGAACGUUCAGGGCCACAGAGCUGCAGUCAGAGAAGUACUACCAGUUCACAGUGACGGCACAAACUCGGCUCGGCUGGGGCGGUACUGCGCGCGCCUUGGUGCUGACCACAGUGAACCGCGCCGCGCCCGCACCGCCGGCGCGGCCUAACGUGGCGAGGUCUCUCCUACAGCCGCACCAUAUUACCUUCUCGUGGACUCCCGGCAGUGACGGCUACGCGCCCCUACGCUAUUACACAGUACAACAAAAAGAAGAUGGCGCCACGUGGCAGACGAUCCCCGAGCGCGUGGAUCCGUUCGCAACGUCCUAUACCGUGGAGGGACUGAAACCUUACACGGCUUAUCAGUUCCGCAUCCGGGCCACAAACGAUAUCGGGCCCAGUCGCUAUAGCAACGCUACUGAAACCGUCCGCACGUUGCCUGCAGCCCCAAGCAAAGCCAUAGAAAAACUUCACGUGGUCCCGAUAACGCCGAGCAGCGUCCGAGUGCAAUGGACUCCGCUCACCGAGCAAUACUGGAGCGGCGACACGCAGACCGGCGGCUACCGCGUCUAUUACCAGCCCCUCACCGACUUCCCCACGCCGCUACACCACACUAUGAAACAAGAAGUGCCCGGCAUUAAGAGCGAAGAAGUGGUGCUGACAGAGCUGGCGGUGGACCGCAACUACGAGAUCAGCGUGUGCGCGGUGAACUCGCAGGGCGCGGGCCCGAGCGGCACGCCGGCGGUGGUGUGGGUGGGCGAGGCCGUGCCCACGGCGCCGCCGCGCGGCGUGCGCGCCGAGCCGCUGUCGCCCACCGAGGUGGCGCUCGCCUGGCAGCCGCCGCUGCGAGCGCAGCAGAACGGCGACCUGCUCGGGUACAAGAUCUUCUACUUAAUGACCGAGUCUCCUGAAGAACCCGAGCCUGGCCGCAAAGCCGAAGAAGAGAUAGAGGUCGUCGCUGCCACCGCAACAUCACAUUCUCUGGUCUUCCUCGAUAAGUUCACGCAGUAUCGUAUUCAGGUCCUUGCAUUCAACCCGGCCGGCGACGGGCCGCGCUCCACGUCCAUCUUAGUGCGCACGCACCAGGGCCUGCCGACGGCGCCGCGCAACAUCACCUUCACCGACAUCACCAUGAACAGCCUCGUCGUCUCCUGGGAGGCGCCGUACCGCCGCAACGGACUCAUACAGUCCUAUCUGGUCACUUAUGAAACCAUCGAGCAGGAUGAACAGCUGAGCAAGCAAGUGAAGCAGAAGGUGACGGAGCGGCGGCUGGCCGUGGGCGGGCUGGAGGAGGAGGUGGAGUACCGCUUCUCCGUGCGCGGCGUCACGCUGGGCGCCGGGCCGGCGGGCGAGGCGCGCGCGCGCACCGGCCCGCAGCCCGGCUCGCCCGCCACGCCGCGCGCGCUCGCGCUCGCGCCCCAGCCCGCCGCGCUGCACCUCGCCUGGGCCAACGCCGCCUCCGGCCGCGGCCCGCUGCUCGGCUACUACAUCGAAGCGAGGAAGAAGGAUGAUACGAGAUGGGAAACAAUCACGCGAACUAGCAACGGAAUGUUAGAGGAAUUCACAAUAUCAUACCAAAGUCUGCUACCCUCCACUGCGUAUAAUAUCCGAGUGAUAGCAUACAACAUGUAUGGCAUCAGCAACCCGGCGUACAACGAGAAGGUCAUCGUGACCCCGUCGAAGCUAUACUUGGAGUACGGGUACCUGCAGUACCCGCCGGUCUACCGCCGCACGUGGUUCGUGGUGGCGCUGGCGGCCGCUUCCGUGGUCAUCAUUAUUAUGGUGAUAGCCAUACUUUGCGUGAAGAGCAAGAGCUACAAGUACAAAAAAGAAGCGCAGAAGACUCUGGAGGAGUCGCUGGCGGGGUCGACGGACGAGCGCGGGUCGCUGGCGCUGGACCUGUACCGCUCGCGCGCCAACUCGGCCACGUCGGCGGGCGCGGGCGCGGGCGCGGGCACGCUGCGCCGCAAGCAGGCGCCGCAGCUGGGCAAGUCUCCGCCGCGGCCGUCGCCCGCGUCCGUGGCCUACCACAGCGACGAGGAGAGCCUGCGCGCCUACGACGAGAACCCCGACGACUCCUCGCUCACCGAGAAGCCCUCCGAGAUGAGCUCCUCCGACUCCCAGAAUUCGGAGAGCGAUAACGAAAGCGUUAGAUCGGAGCCGCACUCGUUCGUGAACCACUACGCGAACGUGAACGACACGCUCCGGCAGUCGUGGAAGCGGCAGCGGCCCGUGCGCAACUACUCCAGCUACACGGACUCUGAGCCCGAGGGCAGCGCCGUGGUCAGCCUCAACGGCGGCCAGAUCGUCAUGAACAACAUGGCGCGCUCCCGGGCGCCGCUGCCCGGCUUCUCCUCCUUCGUAUGACAGCGGUCGUGCGAGCCGCUCGAGCCUGAGCUCGCGACCGCCGUGCACAUAUAAUGUAACGGUCACUGCCCAUUCCCAAUUAUCUAUUUACUUAUUUCAUUCAUUCACAAUGUACAUAUCAGUUAUAAAAUAAGCAUUAGAAAUGGUAGCUGUUAAAUAAAUUUGUUAACGACAGAUCUAGUGACUUAACUCGAGCGCCUUUUAGAUGUACUAGACGCGUGAGUAUGAAUGAUGAAAUGUGAGUCUUCAUUAUAAAAUAACAACUUUUGUUGAUAUUAUAAAUACGUGUCUCGCUAGAUCUGUAUACACAGUCAGUCAGAAGCAUUCCAGAUAACCUGCUAAAAAUGAUCUUUACAAAGCUAAAUUUGUGUCUAGAUUGUUUUUACCACUGUAUCUGUCUAACUACAAUACUGCAGCUGUGUGUACUAGAAAAAUGGAAGUAAUGUGUUCUUAAGUAAAUAUAAAUUAUAAAUUUAAUUAUUAAAAAUAUUAGAACGACCAAUGUUAUAUUGAUAGCAAAAUUUUAGAGAUCUCGUUAUAUCAAACUAUUAAUUACGGUGUUAAUAAUAAAGACCUAUUUAUUGUGUGAUGAUAUAAUGAAAUCAACGCGAAUACACAAAUAUAAGUAGUUGUGAUUCAAUAGAUCAUAACGUCGCAACAAAUAGCUAGAUUAAAUAAGGUCUAUCAACUCACACAACCGACGCAACACUUUAUUAAGCUCUAAACAAAUGUAUAGUCCUAUUAACUUAAUUUUUAAUUAAUAUUUUUGAACGUUCUCAACAUUUAUAGGUUGCGGAUUUCAUAAAUCUCGAAAACAUGGUGUCGGUUAUCUGUGUAGACAGACUUGUUGCCAUAAUCCAAGUUUAAAAAAAAAUAGCUAUCGCAAUUUAUUCUUGCACGAAAAAUAAAUAUUAGCAAUUCACAUUAAACACGACUUUACUGACAACUAACGUCACUUCAUGAAUAUGAUGUACUUACAUUUUAAUAAAAGUUAAAUAUUAAUUAUAAUAAAAAAAAUAUUUAAUUGAGUCACAUAAUUCCAUAAUGUCAAUAUUUACCAUUGGAAGCAUUGGGGCAUAACUCUAAAUACGGAAUCAAUAAUCGAUAGUACGUAAAUUUACGUAACCAUUUCAAAUAUUUGACGUAUGCCUUAUUUUAGUUUAGUUUAUUUUUACACCUAGUGUGUAUUACACACACCACUAAUUCCUAUAGCGACCAACAAUGUUAACCUCGCUACAGCUUUUAGUCAAACUACUCUUACAUAUACUGAGAGCUUUACUUUUUGUACUUAUAUUAUUUUAGCAAAUUUUGGUUUUCUCCGGAGAAAACGAAAACUGAAAUAAAAUUAUUAAAUCUGACUCAAAUAAAUGUGGUGAUUUAAGAACGCAAAGAGCGUGUACAUCCUUUUAAUAAACUUAAUUCCAUUGAACCUAUUUACCUGCGCAAUAUCCUUGCCUAUCUCUUGAAUAAAAUGAACAGUAUUGAUUGACAGUUAAAAUAGUUGCGUAAUUUAUGUUAUAAGGUAUAAUAUUGAUACAUAAUUUAGGUUAAUUUCUUAACGUUUUUAUAUGGAGCAAAGAAAUUUAAAGAAAUCGACUGAUAAUUUUAGAAUGAUAACUCCGAUUUAUGUAAAUAAAAUUAGUAUUAUACAUAAGGCAGCAUGCAUUUAGUUUAAGAACAAGCUUGAAGACUAGGCACAACUUUAUUAAAAUAACUGUGAUCUAUUGUAAUAUAAUUUUCAAUAUUAAAACUUUGACUUUUACUACAUGUAAAUUCAAGUUAGUUGUUCAUUAUUUAGGAAAGUGUUAAAUUCACUCAAACAUAUAAUAAAGCAUUGUUAGUGAUAUAUACAGAAAUUAAGAUGCACUUGUGUAUUAUGUUUUUCCACUUUAUAUUGAUUUACAUUUUGAUAACUAAGUAAUUGAUCAAUGGACCAGUUUUAAGUUUUUUACAGCUUUAGUAGAUUGUAAAGGUUUUAUGAUUAUGAAAUAUUAUGAACGACGUAUACAAGCAACGCUGCUAUAAGUAUUAGCAUCAGAGUGGAGGUCGCGAUCACACCAUGUCAUGUUAUUACAGUGAAAUUUUAAAAUAAUGUUCUAAUUUCGUUCCUUCAAUUUUUCUCAACUACUGUUAUUCCAUUAUCUUGCAGAUCCCAUUUAGGCAGUCCUUACUUUCGCGGUCAUCGGCUCGUUGUUUGAACAUGGCAACACUGCGUCAGAGCGACAUUCCGUUACACAUCGGAGUGAAGUGCUAUUCUCAUUACCACCAUAAUUAUCUACUCAUUUAUUCCUUGCUAUGUUUUUGCAAUUUUAAUCUUAGUAGUGUGUAACGUUGACCUCAACUCUACUGCAGACACCUAUAUUAUACUUGUGGAUAGGAAUGGCACUAUAAAGACUGUAUUUCGUUCGUAAUUGCCAUACAAAAUAUAUCAGGUGCCAUUAUUUGGGCGAAAAUUCCCUUAUUGAACCUUUCAAUAUUUGGAUGUUUACUUUGUAACAAUACAGAAUUGUAGCAUAAA